AUGGACGGAAUCGGGCCUGAAGUUGAGGUGUUCGCGAACAUCCUCGACGAUUGCCUGGCAAACCAAGGCACCGAUGAGGACAAACGCGCAAGGGUCUUGGGGCUCGUAAACGCAUACCACGAUUAUGCCGCCGAAAAGCUGUCGCAGCUGCGCAAGCCACGCCGUCAGGGCUCAAUUGGCGACAAUGAGAUGGACCUGGACGAUGAAGAAGAGGCAGAGGCUGCGGCAGAUUCAGAAGAGAUUCGAGUAUGGGAGCAAGAAAGACAGACAUGGGAUCUCGUUCGUCGCCUUAUCCCGCUGAGAUAUUCUAUUCGAUCUUCGACGAACCAGGAAGCUACGUACAAUGGAAAAGAUUUGUGGAGGGCAUUCCUUGCGAACGACCAGUUGGCCACAGAGAGGAAGACCAUUCUCGAAUGGUUACAACAAGGCGCGAGAGCUGGCCCCGACAUCGACGACCUCGUACGAGAUCUCCAGCAAAACGCUGACAGAGGAGACAUCAUCGCUCACGGUUGGAUACACACAAGGUCUGCCAUCAAGUUGCAGAAGAGUGUGAUUGGUUCUUCACGCCCGCUUGAUGUGCAUUUUCCGGAGGUCGCACGCUCUCUAGUCAACUCAGACAAGGCGCCACUUGUUGCCGAACUAGACCCAGACUCUGUGAUCAGACAGGGUCGCAAGUUGGAGCCACAGGAUGAGUACUUUGAGAGGGCUAUUUGGGUAGGCUGCUUCCAGCUGCUUCGAAGAGGCUGUACUGUGGAGACUACGCGGGAGUGGUGCUUGGAGAGGACGGAGGUCUGGAGGGCUGUAUCCAUGUCCGCCUUACCUCUUGCAAGUGACCACGGCGAGACCACGCUUGUCGACGACCCUUCAGCGCUUACUCUGUGGAGACGCAUGUGUUUUGCUCUUGCUCGCCAAGGAGGUACCGAUGAUAUUGAGAGAGCAGUAUAUGGGGUGUUGUCCGGAGACAUCCCCAGCGUGCAAAGAGUAUGCCAGACUUGGGACGACUUCAUGUUCAUGCACUACAACGCUCUGGUUCGCACGCAGUUCGACACUUUCCUACUCAGCCAAUGCUCCCCGGAAGCAUCGGCAACCAUUCGCUCAUCAUUCGCUGCUUUUGACGCAGUUCAGUUCCACGGCGAUGCCGCCACGUUGGAGCAACGCCUGAUCCGCAACCUUGAGACAAGCCCGCACACAAGCAAGGAAGCUCUGGAGCCUAUCAAGGCACUACAAGCCGCCAUUAUCUCCAAAGACCUCCAGCGACAUUUCUACGAGCAGGGUGUGGCCAUCACACAGAAAGCGAAUUCCAAGGAGGCAUCUGCGCUCAUGCCCGAUCACAACUGUCGCAACGUCGACGUAGUGACGGAAAAGUUCGCCGACAUCAAAAAUCCCGAUGGCCUGCGAAUUGCUGUUCAUGCACUCAUCAUCUUCGAUACGCUUGACAAACUCGGCACUUUGAAAACAAAUACCGUAACAAUGAGCUCAGAUCAUGAUCGUUGUGAAUUGCAAGAGAACACGAUUACGCAGUAUAUCAGCUUGCUCCGACUAGCAGGCUUGGAGGAGUUGAUACCACUGUAUUGCUCCAGGCUUCACCCAUCGAGAGCCUUCCAAGUGUUAAGCACAAACCUACUUCCCAUCACCGAUAGCGAGGCUCGUCAAGAGCAGCUCACCUUCAUUCACAAAGCAGGACUGGACGUGGUGGAUUUCGUCAAGGCACAACCACAGUUCUUGUUCCAGACCUUGGACUCCGAUACUGCGCAAAACGAUGCAAUGCGGGAGUUCCAGAUCAUGGACGAUGGCCCGGCGUCCUUGAAGUACGGGCGUUCCAUCAAAACAGACUUCUUCGGGGAAGAUCCCGAAUCCAUUGACGCGGUCGACGAGCGCUUGAUCCGGUCAGUAGAAUGGCUGCUUCUAGUCAGCGAGGCCUGGCCAUAUGUCUUUUCUAUCGGCGUGGCAAUUUACAAGCACUUUCUAAAGACCAUGCAUUUGAAUGCUGCCAGAAGCUUCGCAAAUCGUGUGCCAUUCGACAGCAUUCUGCGCAUGCGCUCAAGCGACUUCCCUGAACAAGCAGAAGACGAACUCUGGUGGACACAAGAUGGAGAAUUCUGGGUCAACCAGCUCGAAGGCGCGGGUGCGAUGGACCUCUCGCCCAGUCAAGUAGUAUCGGACGCCAAGGUCUUACGGGAACUUGAGUGUCUCGUCAGAGCCUUGGACACAAUGGAGACUGUCGCUUCCCUAGCGGAACUGUCAAGAGAGUAUGUCAACCUGACCUUUGGCUACAACGUCUUGCUAACCACUUGCAGGGACCCGUCUGUCAAACGAGAUUUCUGGGCGAAGGUUGGCAACGAGGUCAAGGCGGCCAAAGAACACAUAACUAAUCCGUUCGUGACAGAGGAUCAAGACUUACAAGCGCUGCGGGAAGCAUAUCUUCCCGAGACGAUCCUCGCUUACAUCAGCACGCUCCAUUUCGCCGGCACGACGCUGACGAGGGAUAACUUUUUGGAGUGUAUGGAGCUGGCGGCCACUAUUGCGGAGAAGGGCUCCGAUGUGGCAGAGUGCUUCGCCAAAGCUAAGCGAAUGAAGGAACUGGUCGAGUGUUUUGCUGCCUGCAGCAAAGCUCUGGCCGUUGCAUCGGGCGAGAAAAAGGCGGCCAAUUCGAGUAGCAAGAAGCUACGGGAAAUGGGAUGGUCACGGGAUCUUUGGUCCCGCGUGGCUUACCGCUCACGAAGACUUCGGCCGGGCGUGAUAUGCCUCGAACACACCAAGGUCGUUCAGCUGCCAAAGUAUCACAGCAAAAAGUCUAUUGAAAAAACUGCGUAUUUCGUACCUCUUGAAGCCAUUCUUGUGUUGAGUUCCUAUUUACAAUUGAGUAUUCCGUACAGAUAUGUGUUUAUGGCCACAUUCCGUCUUGUAGAACCACCCCGCCCAACGAACGCUGACAUCUCUGUAGUCGGAAGAUACCUUGCCUUAUACUUUGAUCAGCCGACCAAGCGAGUCAUUGGCCUGAAGAUUUUCCUGGGCCUUGAGAAUAAGGAUCAUCUUGUUGUAGUCUUUAAUCGGCUGCGUGUUUAUGUCCACAUCAUGCAUGAUCCUCCACCACCGGUACUCCCACCCAAGCCGGGUAGCCACGACACAAGUCGUAUAGGCACGCCGGUUAUGCUCAACUCGCCCCGGCACGGCAACGGUAACGGCACCGGGCCUGAUGUGGAGAGUGCAGGUGGGAGCCGUUUGAACCAAGUCUUUCAGCCGGCCGGGCUCGAAAUAGCCCGACCUGAGUCUGUGCCUGAUCCGGGCGAACAUUGGCUUCCCAAGGUGUUGCAAGACAAGGCGUACGUUCCUGGACAUGGCAGCGGCAUCACCUGCCCGACCAAUGUGGACCUGCUUAAUGCCCUUGCACAUGCACCAAGUACGAUUCACCCAUCUCUCUCGUCGUCUCAUCAGGCCCUUCAAGCGGCCUUGACCGAAAACCUUGAGCUCGCGUCACGGCUUGUGGAACUCGAGGCUCGUCUAGCCCACCAGCGCUCCACGACUCAAGCGCAGCUUCUUUCAACACAUGCGCUCGAGCGCCAGUGGCGGCAGAAGCAAUCCGAUAUGGACCACGCGUUAGCACCCUUCUCACCGGCUGCCAUGUACCAACGCCUGGGGCAAGGUGUCCAUGAGCAGGCCUCGGUAUGCCAUGUCUUGGAGGAGAGCUUCAUCGACGGAGAGGGAGAUGGCGCGUAUGCGUCGGAGAGAGAGACAUUGGACUGGAUCAAGAGGUACAGAGACGCCAAGGUACUUUAUUAUCUUCGUCAGGAGAGGAAGGAGCGGUGGGACGAAGGUCGCGUUGGUGGCUGGAGAUGA